AUGAUGCCUCGCGCCUUCUCCUCCCCAUCGCGCUCGCCGCCACGCCAACGCCAUGCCCUCCCUCCGCCGCCGCGGCACCGCCGCACGCUCUCCUCCACGCUUGUCGAGGAGAGCGUUGCUGACGACGCCGCGCUCGUCCAAAAGUGGCACCCCGACGUAUCAUGCUCCCUCGUCCUCCGCGACGCCGCCGGUCACGCGGAGGAGGCCCAGGACUUCCUGCGCACCGCCGCCGAACUCCACCGAGCCAUGCUCUUCUUCGCCGCCGACACCACCAACCCCAACUCCCAGAGCGGCCACGGCCUCGUCCAGGCGCAGGAGCUGCUCCAGACCGCUAUGCGCAGGCUCCAAUUUCUACUCGACAAGCACGACGAAAGCCAACAAGCAGCCGGCGCAUCCGCUGCAGCCGGUGCCAGCAGUAUACGCGCGGUGGCUGAGGCCAUGAUGGCCGCCGGCUACGGCAAGGAGUGCAUUUCCACCUUCAAGUCCCACCGUCGCACGGCUCUGGCCACCAAGCUGCAGCGUCUGCUCGGCUUCUCACCUCCAGCUGGUACUGGUAGCAGUAAAUGUAACUCGUCGUCCUCGUCUUCCCUCUUCCACAGUUCCACAAGCUCACCUAGGAGCAGGUCGACGGCAAGAUCAUACCGUCGUGGAUCGCCACCGCCACCGUCGCCUUCAGCUCCCUCUUUCCCCUCGACGCGGCUGUUCGUGAGGCUGUGUUCGCGGCCAUCGCCAACGACCAGGCCCACGAGCCUCCUCGCCGUCGCAGAGGCCUCGGUGGCAAGAGCAAGGACACGCCUCUUCUGUGUGCUCGACGUCCAUGACGCGCUCACCGAGGUGCUGCCGGCGCUCUUGUCCGUUUUUGGGGACAACUCGGAGAUCGCCACCAGGGCCGCCGUUGUGGUCACCAAGGUCGGCGAGGCUGCACGUGGGACCCUGAGCAGCUUCGAGGCGGCAAUCCAGAAGGAGCCGUCCAAGGCCACCGCGGCCGGCGGCGCAGUGCACCCGCUGACCCACUACGUGAUGAACUACCUCGUCUUCCUCGCCGACUACCGGGAGGGCCUUGCUCUUAUCUACGAGCAAGCUGAUGCAGCAGACACCUCGUCGGUUUCGGCUGUCGCCUCUGGCGGCAACGUUUCGCCCGAACAUUAUUCGCUGACAACGACUUCGUCUUCGUCGUCGAGCAUGUCGUCGUCAUUUUACAGUUAUUACAGCCCGAUCCAUCGGCUGGUGUCGGUUCUGCUGGGCAAGCUGGACGCCAAGGCCGGCUGCUACCGGGUGGUGGCGCUGGGCUACCUCUUCCUGGCGAACAACACCAAGUACGUGGCCACCAAGGUGGCCGGCAGCGUCAAGAAGCUGCAGGGGAUCCUCGGGGAGGAGUGGGCGGAGGCGCAGAGCGCCAAGGCGCGGGCGAACGUGGAUGUGUGCGUGCACGCGGCGUGGGGCAAGGUGAUAGCCGCCAUCUCCUCCUCCAUGCCGGCGCAGGGGCAGGGAGGAGCUGAAAAGCCUGAGGGUGUGGAGGCGGCGGUGUUGGAAGCUGUGGGCAUGCAGGAUCAGUGGGUGGCGGCAGACGAGGAGAUGGGCGGGGCGUUGAGGGCGGCGACGACAGCAGCAGUGGUGCCCAGGUACAGGAUGUUCUACCGGCGGUGCACCAUGAUCUCCGCACUCUUUGGCGGGACUGGUAUAGCGCCGGGAAUAAGCACACGAAGUAAUAAUACUCCAUGGCAUGAGACAGAGGUGUACCGAGGUGGCAGAGCCGCUGCAACGCCAUCUUGA